CGCGGUGGUCUGCGACGACCUGCAGGGCGUCCUGGCGCGCGUGCAGGGCGAGAUGCACGCCUCCUUCGUCUGGCUCUUCCAGCAUAUCUUCGCGGGCACGCCGGCGCUCAUGCUCUCCCUCAUGCUCCUCCUCGCCAACUUCACCGUCCAGUCGAUGGGCCACAGCGUCGCCGCUGCAGCCGCCACCAUCCCCCCAACUCCGCCUGCCGAGCGCGCGGAGCCGUCCCGGUCCCGGUCCCGGUUCGACGCGGCUUCGGUGAAGGCGUUCUCUGUCGGCAGGACGGCCUCGGUCAGCGGGAACGACGGUGGGGGCGGCAAGACGCCGCCUGUCUCGGGCGCCACCGGCGAUGGCCGGUCGGACGAGUCGUCCUUAUAUCGACCAAGCCGUGUGACGCCGCAGCAGCCCUCGGCACCCCCCGGGGCUGAGACCGCCGCCCAAUACGCUGCGAACGCGGCGGAGGAGGCCAUCUGGGAAAUGAUGCUCGCGGAGGCCUCCAAGAUGCAGGCCAGCGCGCGCGCCGAGGAGCUGAGCGACUCGGACGUGCUGAGAGGCCUCGUCGCGCCGGUGGAGACUGAGCUGGAGACCGAGGACCACGCCGAGCACACGCUGACGCAGCAGAGAUACGAGCAGGCCGUCGCCGCUGCGCCCAACAAUUCGCUCAUCCUCGCCAACUUCGCGCAGUUCCUCUACCUCGUGCAGAACGACCACGACCGGGCGGAGCACUACUUCGAGAGGGCCGUGCGCGCGGAGCCGGCGGACUCGGAGGCGCUGAGCUGGUACGCUACCUUUCUGUGGAAGGCGCGGAACGACCUCGCCGGCGCGGAGGAGACCUACCAGGAGGCCAUCGCGGCCGACCCCGGGAACGCCCACCACGCCGCGGCCUACGCGCACUUCCUCUGGAACACCGGAGGUGACGACACAUGCUACCCACUCGAUUGACGCGCGCGCCGGCGCCGCCGAGGAUCAACACGAUCCGGGCCGGUCAAAAGAAGAAAAAAAAUGGAUUCAGGAAGUAAAGUUCUUGCAGCAUGCACGGGG